AUGUCAAUAAAUAAUUCAAUAAAUAAUUUAACAUAUAAAUCAUUUUCUAAAGUAUUUAAUAAUAUAGUUAUUAGAAAUGAAAUAUUCAAUCAAGUUUAUUCAAUAAAUAAGAUGUUGUCAACAAUUAAUACAAUAGUCAUUAGAUAUAAUCAAUUGAUAAAAUCACCAAAAGCAUUGAUUGGUAAUGACUAUCUUGAUUUAUUCAUUCAGUAUCUAAGUGUUUAUGGAGAUAAAAACAUGAUUACACAUUAUUUUAUAUGGUCAGUUGAAUGUCAAAAUCUUAGAAUACUACAAUAUCUUUAUGCUUUGGUUUCAGAUAGUAACGACGAAGCGAUCAUAAAAAGAUUGAUAACAAUUAAUCUGAUGCGUAUAGCUACUUUGGCAUGCGAUAUUUCCAUCUUAGAAUGGAUGAAUCAGAAUAAUACUUUGGGGCUAUUCAAAUGUCCGUCAGAGGAUAUUUACUUAUUUUUGCCAAAGAGACCUAAUGGUUUUAAAACUAUGAAAUGGCUUCAUAGUAAUCUUCUUCUGGCAUUCGAUGAGACUGUUGUGUAUUCUGCCGCUGCUUCUGGUAGAAUGGAGAUAAUAAUUUGGGCACUUGAAAACCACAAAGGAAAAUCGACAGAUUGGAUAAAGGCGGCCUUAGAUGCUGCUGCGAACAAUGGGAAUGUACCUAUCCUCGAGUGGAUCAAUGAACAUCAUCGACCUUCGGACACUCAAUUGUCAACAAUUGAUAUAGUUUAUUUUAUUAGUAAAAAUAAACGUUGUGAUACACUCGAUUGGAUUCAUAAGAAUUGGACAGCUGUCAAUUUCAAUCAUAACUAUGAUUCGGUUGCAAGGACAGGAUCGUUGGAAUUGAUACGUUGGAUUCACGAGAAUCUGUCAGCAACAAACACAGAACCUUUAUUCACAUUAGAAGCAAUGAACAACGCAGCUUGUUUCAACAGUUUGGAAGUUGUUAAGUUCCUUCUUUACAACCGAACUGAAGGACGCAUUGGCUCAGCAAUAUUCGUCGCAGCAACCAAUGGAAGAAAAGAUAUAGUCGAGUUUCUCUUGUCUCAAGAAUACGAGAUUAAUAGUGCAAUGCAUUCCUUUACCAUUGAAGAAACUGAAAGAAAGGGGUAUACUCAUAUUGCUACUUUAUUAAGAGAAAAAUAUUUAAAAAAUCUAUAUUUUUGA